UCCCCCCUAGCGGCCGCCGGAGAAACUAAGUAAACAAACAUUGCCUUGAGGAAUCGCUUGAGAAUCACACGUGUCGAGGAUGAAGGAAGCAGAGGAGUCAGACCAAGAGGCUUUUUUAAGGAACAGGAGCUUAGACGAAUAUGUUAAGACGGUAAUGACGCACAUCCGAGGGUGCCAGAAGCUGAGCAUGGAGCUUCAGGGAUGGCACCAUUACAGCGACUUCGUUGGGGUGCGAAACACCAUACAGGAGGUCAACACGAGGAUUACAAACUUGAUUACCAACAUCUUCCAACACCAAGACAUCAAACUGAAACUGACCCACACAAAAUUGCUAGACCAGUUCGACAUGGUGAGAGAAGGGAACGACGCUCUGCUCGAAAGAAUCAAUUCAGACAUUGACGAGGCAUCUGGGCUGAAGAAAGAUAAUGAUUUUGAACCGUCAGUCAAGAGAGUACAAGCUCCGUUGUCAGCCAGUUCGCCCAGCAAGAAUGUCGUCCUCAUGGCCUCGCGGAACGUCCAGAAGCCGCAGCUGUUCUUCAAGGAGAAAGUGAACAACUCAAAGAAGGAACCCUUUAUUCCUAUGAUCACCGAAAAACCAAACUCCAUGAAGCCCUUGUCGAUCCUUAUUUGCGUGGACGGCACUCAGGAAUACUUCAACCAUCCCUACGAGUAUGAGCUAAACCACUGGAUGCCCGACCCUGCCCAACUGGAGACGGUGAAGCCAAGACGCCCCAGGCCCCUCGGGCAGACCCCCCUCAAAAUGGUGACGGAGGUGCGGGAGCUGGAGGCCCUGGUCAACGAGCUGAAAACGUGCCAUGAGAUCGCGGUCGAUUUGGAGCACCAUGCCUUCCGGUCAUACCAGGGACUCACCUGUCUGAUCCAGGUGUCAACAAGGACGAAGGACUACCUUAUCGACCCUUUGGCUCUCCGGGGCCAGCUCACCAUUCUCAAUGAGGUGUUCACCAAUCCCAAGAUUACGAAGGUACUUCACGGUGCAGAUUUUGACAUCCUGUGGCUCCAGAGGGACUGUGGCGUUUAUGUCGUCAACAUGUUCGACACGCACCAGGCUGCCAUAGUCCUGGAAUAUCCACACCGUUCCCUGGCUGCGUUACUCUCCAAGUUCUGUGACAUCCAAGCAAACAAGGUGUACCAACGAGCCGAUUGGAGAAUAAGGCCCCUUCCUGAGGACUUUUUGGAAUACGCUCGGCAAGAUUCUCACUACCUUCUCUACGUUUAUGAUCUCAUGCGGAAUGAGCUGAUCGAGCGAGGGAAUCAGCUGAAUAACCUGAUCACUGCCGUCUACAGCAGAUCAGUAGACAUAUGUUUAAAACGCUAUGAGAAGCCAUUCGUCGGACCAGAAAGUCACAUGGAUUUGUACCGUCGAAGCCGCAAAACCUAUGACACAAAACAGAUGUACGCCUUGAGGGAACUGUACCUUUGGAGAGACAAUGUUGCUCGGGAGCAAGAUGAAAGUCCAGAUUACGUUUUGCCAAAGCACAUGUUGCUGCAGAUUGCGGAGGUGCUGCCUAAGGAGAUGCAGGGAGUGCUGGCCUGCUGCAACCCCAUUCCACCCCUGGUCAAGACGGAGCUGCUCACCAUCCACACUAUCAUCAGGGCAGCAAGGGAACAGAAGCUUCUGCCAGUCCUGGAGGAAUCGGUAGAGCAGCAGAUUCCGCAAGUCCAGCUACAGAUGGAGGAGCUGAACACAGGUCUGGUGAUCAGCAAGCACGACCUCUCCACAGUGGAAGAUAAUCCGACCGACCUGCCAACUUCUGAGUCCCCUCUAGUUUCCUUUUCCUCCUCCUCCCCAUCCUCUUCCUUCAAAGUUCUCUUGUAUAUCCAAUAUUCGCUAAUUCAUUUCCCUGAAAGUCUGUCUACCUAUCCCCAACUCUCCAUUGGCAUAUCUCCUUUUGAGUUAAUCCGCUCAUCUCCUCACUUCCUUCCACAGAUCAAAGAAAUGAAAGCGACGAACAGCGCAGUAAAACGCACAGCGGAGAAUGAGGGGGAGUCGGUGAACGGCGAGAAUGACGAGUCGCCCAGCAAGAGGCUGAAGGCAGAUGAGGCAGAUGGAAAGAAAGAUGACAAAAAGGAUGAGGAGAAGAAGAAGGAAGAGGAUAAAAAGGAAAAGGGAGAAGAGGAGGAGGAGGAAGGGGCGUGUACAGACUCAGGGACGGAGGGAGAGGCAAAAUUAGCCGCAGAGGGGGGAUCUCCGGGAGGGAGCGAGGAACAUGCCGUGCCCUUCGACUACGACAAGGCUGAUUACAGCAUCUUUGAGGGCACGGUGGGCAAGAAGUUCAAAUCCAAACAGCAGUACCAGCAGAAGUUUGGAGGAAGGGGCCAAAGGGGCAGAGGCUUCAAGUCAAACAUGAAGAGCUUUUCUUUCGGAAGAGGGAAGACGAGCAGGGGUGGCUCGCGUCGAUAAUUAUGAAGAAUAUUAUGUCUAUAUCUAUAUUAUCUGUGAGCAAUAAUGUACUAUAUAUUAGGGUGUGUGUUUCUAAAGGUGUUCUCAGACUAGUUGCUCAAAAAUGGGUUUGUUAAAUAUUUUGUUUGUCUAUACUUUCAUGGAUUACAUACACAUCAAUAUAGUCAUCUUAUGAACUACAGGCAUAAAAUGUGUAUGUCAUAUGAUAUAGAUUGAUUAUGUUGUAGAUGAAAGUUUAAACUGAUAUAACAUUUAAUAGAUGUAUUUUCAGGUAAUUGGCCUGAAAACCCCUUUGGACACACAAGCCUUCAUAUGUUUUAAUUCUUGUCUAAGGAGCCAUCUUUGUAAACAGGAAAAUAUAUAUACAAAAAUUUA